CUAGCAGUGCCACACAAUAUGACCAUCUAAUGAGUUUCGCUUAAUUUCGUACCAUAUGACACUUAAUUGCAACAAUGUUAAGUAUCCGAAAUACCAAUACUGUGACACUGGGCAUUUUAACGCUCGUUAUUGAUUGAUUAAUUUGAUUAAUUAUACUUUGGUAUUGUUUGCUAACGUUAGCCAGCGUAGCAGGUCCGCUAGCUAAAGUAAACGGCCCCAUUGGUUCUAUAUUGCCAUGGUUAUUUCCUUCAGCAUAGAGACUGAACAUGUUGAAUGAAAGCAAAGGCACACGCCCGAAUUGUCUGGCACAGUAACAGUGCUUUCCCCAUGCUGUACGCUACAGCCCUAACUGUGAGGAGAGAGAAGAUAUGAUGUACUGACCACAUAGUCACAAACUGACCAAUGCAAGCAUUACUCAAGAUGGAGGAGGCUCUGGAGAAUAUAGUGGCCAUGGUGAGGCAGCACCCAGCUGGGAUCCCCCUUAAAAAGCUGGCUAUAUUCUACAGCCAGACAUACCACAAGAACCUGACUUUAUCCUCCAUUGGCUUCGACUCAAUGGCUAGCCUGGUAGCCUUUCUGGAUGGGGAUCUGGUUGUGGAGGGGGAAAUGGUAUUUCACAAAGCCCACCGCCGUCAAGCGAGGCGGGCUGGAGCUGGGGUAUCUACAAAAGCUACAGAGGACAGCGGGAAUAUGGAGGAGGUUCUGGAGAAUAUAGUGGCCAUGGUGAGGCAGCACCCAGCUGGGAUCCCCCUAAAAAAGCUGGCUGUAUUCUACAGCCAGACAUACCACAAGAACCUGACUUUAUCCUCCAUUGGCUUCGACUCAAUGGCUAGCCUGGUAGCCUUUCUGGAUGGGGAUCUGGUUGUGGAGGGGGAAAUAGUAUUUCACAAAACCCACCGCCAUCAAGCUAGGCGGGCUGGAGCUGGGGUAUCUACAAAAGCUACAGAGGACAGCGGGAAUAUGGAGGAGGUUCUGGAGAAUAUAGUGGCCAUGGUGAGGCAGCACCCAGCUGGGAUCCCCCUUAAAAAGCUGGCUAUAUUCUACAGCCAGACAUACCACAAGAACCUGACUUUAUCCUCCAUUGGCUUCGACUCAAUGGCUAGCCUGGUAGCCUCUCUGGAUGGGGAUCUGGUUGUGGAGGGGGAAAUAGUAUUUCACAAAACCCACCGCCAUCAAGUGAGGCGGGCUGGAGCUGGGGUAUCUACAAAAGCUACAGAGGACAGCGGGACUAUGGAGGAGGUUCUGGAGAAUAUAGUGGCCAUGGUGAGGCAGCACCCAGCUGGGAUCCCCCUUAAAAAGCUGGCUAUAUUCUACAGCCAGACAUACCACAAGAACCUGACUUUAUCCUCCAUUGGCUUCGACUCAAUGGCUAGCCUGGUAGCCUCUCUGGAUGGGGAUCUGGUUGUGGAGGGGGAAAUUGUGUUUUACAAGGACCAUGGAUGUGAAAGUAGAGCUGGAGCUGCAGCUGGGGCAUCAGCAGAAGUUACAGAAGACAAGAGGAUUGAGAAAGUUCUGGAGAAUAUUGUGGCCAUGAUGAAAGAAUAUCCAGAUGGGAUUCCACUGAAGAUGGUGGCUACAGUCUACAGCCAGAAAUACUGCCACAACCUGACCUUGGCCUCUUUGGGCUUCAAAACUAUUUCCUGCCUGGUGUCAUCUCUGAAAAGAGAUCUAGUUGUGAGAGGGGAAGUGGUGUUUCAUAAGAUCCACCAGCCUGUGGCUGGGACAUCAGAGGACAGCAGGCCUGCAACACCACAGAGAACCGAAUCACUUGUUGGGAAGAGUAGCACUACUAGUGUUACCAUGCCACAGGUUGAUAUUAGCUCUCGUUUUGAGCCUCCCACUCAGGCAGGAAUUAACCUUUUAGGUCCUCCUUUGAUUUCCACUGACUCUUUAUUCUCCACCUACGGUCUUCCUGUUAACCCACUCUUUACUGCGUCCAAGCCAGCUGAGAAAUUGACCCAACAGCAGCUGUACCAGAGGGUCGUAGAGGUGAUGAAGAAUUACAAGCUCAGUGCUCCAUCAAUGGACCAACUCCAAACCUGCUAUUUUCAGCAGUUUGGUGAACAGCUGCCUCUGACACAGUACAUGUCUCUGUAUGACAGCUGGGAAGCAUCUGGACCUAAAAAGAUGCCCACUCAAUCUGAACCAACAGCAGAUCCCAAGACGGUUGUAUUGCAGACAACUGCAGCCGUGCAGGAUCUUACAAGAGAGCCUGAAAAAGAGCAGCAGCAACAGGCCAUUGUGUCCAACUUCCUCUCUAGCUCUGACUUUCCAGUGCUGGGGGCAGAUGUACUUGUGACCAAAGAGAAGAAGAGCAAAAUUAGAGAUGCAACCAAUAGAGAGGACAGCACCCCCGUGUUUAGAGAAGCUUAUCAUGCCCAGCUGAGAGUGGUCCAUGGAGCUAAUAUGCGGGCAGUAGAGGCUAUGGAGGAGGACGUGGAGGAGCUCAAAGGGAGGAGGAGGAACAGAGUCCUGGAUCCUGAUUUAGUCAACAGUCUGAUGGAAGAUGUGAUACGAGACAUCGCUGCAGAGGGAGAACUGGUCACCGAAGAGCAGGUGAUAUCCAGGGUGUGCGGGCUGUUGCAGAUUCCCUCUUUGGAAGCAGGAAGGAUAAAGCCCUGGAUGAUUCCGGCUCUCAAAGACCUUCGGUACAUCAUGAGAGAGAUCAACAUGUUCAUAGAGUCUACUGAAGCAGUGACAACCAUCUGUACCCUGUAUGAGCUGGGCCAGUCACUGGCUGGCCUGAAGAGCAAGAAGCACUAUGAAGAGCUGAACCUGGGGCCCCUCUGCAAACUUCCCCUCAUCCACCGCAUGUUCAAGAUUGACAAUAAUACUAAGGAUGAUGAUAUCUACCAGAUCGGGACAGUAGACAUCUUAAAGCAACUCCGCGUUUUUAGGAGGAAGCAGAGCAAGCCAAAAGUAGACCUGGCUGAGUUUAUGAAGUAUCUGGCUGACCACUACAACUGUGACUCUCCUUACGAGCUGGGUAUCAGGAUACACAGCAUUGGGCUGCCCAUAGCGACCUUAAUGAAGGUGAGUCGUUGUGAGUACGCCCUCCUGGAGGUAGCCAGGGAGGUCAUCCAGAAAGAGCUGGAGGAGGAGACCUACGAGCGUCUGAGGAAGAUAAAGAAGAGCGUGUUGGAUCCAGUGCAAGGAGCAGGUUCCUUCUCCUCCACAGGCAGCAUGGACCUCAGGAAAAAGUACGCUUCCAUGCUGGGAGCCGAGGUAGUGCUGGCAGUCUUCUCAAACGCAGAGGGGGUGUUCAGUCCCAAGAUGGCUAAGCACGUCCAGACCUUCCUGCUGCAGGUGUCAGGUAAUCGGCUGGCAACAGCUCUGUUUCAGCUGGCCAUCUGUGGAGGCUCCCUGGCUGUCCCACAGGACCUGGUGCCCAAAGACAAGGCAUCCAAAACCACUGAACAAAAUACAAAAGAGGACAAACCCACCACAUCCCUCCCCAGUGAAGCCAAAGUGAAGCAGUACCUUAAAGACAGCCUGUCCUCUCAGAACUCAAGCAUCACUUUGGCCCACAUGGCCUCUUUGGAGAAGAAGUUGACCAAACACUUCCAGGUCAAAGAUUUCCUGUCUUUAGAGCAAGGCAACUUUCUGGAGUUCCUGGUUAAACACACUCAGCUGCUGCAGGACACACUGGGGUCAACUUUGAUUCUGGGCAGUGGCAGCAUGGAACUUGCCAGCAGUGGUUUUAGACCCACCAGACAAGACGUGUUUGAGUUCAUCAACCAGUGUGGCGACAUAACCUCCACUGAUCCAGAUGAACUCUCCCACAUUGAGUUGGCACUGAGGUCCCACUACAGGGUCCGGGACAGUCGUGAUCUGGGCUACGGCACUCUGCACAUGCUGGCUGGUCUGGUCCAACGCCAGAGAGGGCUGGCUGGAGGAGGACAGAGCCAGGUCUACUACGAGUCAGCCCUGUAUGCCAAACACAGCAAAUCAAGUGCUGACAGUGGGUGUGAGGCAGUGGGGUGCCUAGGUGAGAUGUCCAAGGCCCAGGCCCUGGCCAGCUUGCUCUCCUGCCCACUGCUGGAGGAUUUAAGUGAGUGGAGUCAAUGGGAGCUGAUCUUUAAACCCGUUCAUGGCUCCCUCAAAGAUUUCAUCGAAAGAAAUGCAGCUAAUACAGGCCUGGCAGCGUUGGAGGUGAUGCCAGGUUUGCUGCUCAGGAUCACCACACACACAGGAGACAAGCAUUUCUCUAGUGCUGCCAUGACCCUCGACCCCGUCGGCACAGCUGGCCACCUUGUGUCCAUGGUGGUAGCUGAUGGGGUCGUUAAUGCUCCCACAGCCCUCCUGGCCAAUCACAUGCAGAGCUCCCUGGCAGAAGCUGUGGCUAAAGAAGAUUUGUCCCAGGCUGAAGAGGAUGUGUCAUGUUACAGCAGAGUGGCCAAAUUCCUCUUGGCGUGUUUGACACGAAUCCCCACCAGAACCUGCCAGGCUCUUUUGCAGCAGGUGUUUUUGGAGCCUUUCUCCCGUGUCUUGGGCCAGGCCAAGUCUAAACAGGUCCUGAUCGCUGUGGCCCAGUCUGACCCGAGGGACAUGAACUGCCUGCAUCGGCUGGGCAUCCUCCUGGGCAUCAUAGACUGGGUCAAAGACUACCAGAAAAAGCUGAACCCACCACAGAGCCAAAUCUGCAACAUGCACACAGCACCUGUCGAACAGGUCAAGUCUAAUUUGAUAGGUUCUGCAAGCAGCAGUCUGUCAGCUCUAAAUAUGAGUGAAGAUGAGUAUCUUGAGGAUAACAGCAUUGACAACACCUCCUCAAAUCUGAACCAGAGCCUACAACAAGUCAAUGGCGAGCAAGACGUAGAGGUUGAGGAGGGAGAGGAUGAAGAAGAGCUGUAUGAGUUGGCCUCGCUGCCUAAUGGAGAGACAUCAGAAGUCAGCAGUGAAGCUGAGGGAGGCCAGGACGAGGAACGGACAGAAAUGUCUGAUUCUAAUGAAAAGGAUGCUGCUAGCCGCCAAUCAGAGACCACAGUAGAUCUCCAGAGAGUCAUAAUUGAGGACAUCAGGAAGAGUGAGUUUGGGAUUGGUGUGGAAUUGACCACUGAAGGCCAGAAGCUGAUGCAGGUCCAUCAGGACAGACUGGGCCGCAGCUUGGACCGCCUCUCCACCGAACUCUACAGCAAAGACACGCACUUUGUCCUGGAACUCAUUCAGAAUGCCGAUGACAAUAGUUACCCAUCAGAGGCUGGUGUCGUUCCAGCGCUGGCCUUUUGGGUGGAGAAAGACUGCAUCACCGUUCUCAACAAUGAGUCCGGCUUCCAGGAGAGCAACAUCAGGGCUAUCUGUGAUGUGGGUCGCAGCACCAAGGGCAAACACAAAUAUGGAUACAUAGGACAAAAGGGCAUCGGCUUCAAGUCAGUGUUUAAAGUCACAGACUGUCCUGAGAUUCACUCCAAUGGCUUCCACUUGCGCUUUGACAAGACCUGCGGCCCCAUGGGAUACAUCCUCCCCCACUGGGCUGAAGAUGAGAGGCUUCUGGACACACAGCUGAAGGACAUAAAUCAGCACAGCUGGACCACUAAGAUCUGCCUUCCUCUGCGCUCCGAGAGCCAUCAGACCAGAAACCUGUUUCAUGACGUGCACCCGUCCCUGCUGCUCUUUCUGCACCGCCUGCGCUCCAUCAUCAUCUACAAUCAGAGUGAGAAGCGUCUUGUGACAAUGACUCGUAAAGACCUGAGUCACAAUGUGUUAGAGGUGGAGCACACAGGGGGCAUUGAGCGCUGGCUAGUGGUCAAAACUACGGUGCAGCUCAAGAAGAUCAAAGAGGAUAUUGAGUCCACCGAGCUUGCCCUGGCUUUCCAGCUUGACAGCAACAUCACAGAAAGUAACAUUGUAUGCCAGCCACAGAAACAACCAGUGUUUGCUUACCUGCCCCUGCGCAGUUUCGGCUUCCGUUUCAUCAUCCAAGGUGACUUUGACAUCCCUUCCUCUCGUGAAGAUGUUGACAGAGACAGCUCAUGGAACCAGUGGCUUCGAUCUGAGAUACCACAACUCUUCCUCGAGGCCAUGGAUGUCUUCACUGAUCACCCAGAGUUCCGAGGGCUGAAGGGCCUCUGCCAGUUCCUGCAGUUUAUCCCCCUGCCUGACGAGGUGUUGGACUUCUUCAAGCCUGUUGCCGGGCAGAUUAUUCAGCUGCUCAAGGGCAAGGCCUUCCUUCCUACACUCAGCUCAGAUGGUAAGGUUGUGUACAAGCUGCCGUCCCAAGUGGCCGUCUGUCAGGACACUGUGAUCCGCAACGUGAUUGGUGGAGACGAGCUAGAAAGGCAUCUGUCUCUGUCAUAUCUUCAUCCGGGUUUGAGCCAUGCCCCACCCACCUCCCUGCUUACUCACCUAGGAGUCCGAUACCUGCGGGGAUCUGAUGUUACCACGGUAACCACAGCCAUGGCCAAAGAGCUGAUGAGAGUGGAAGGCAUCCAUUCAGAUGGCGGCCUGCAUCAGCUGGCCAGGCUGCUGGUUUGCAACUUCCGAGCUCUGGAGUAUGGCUACGGAGAGGCAGACUCCAUCUUGCAAACCCUCAGAGAUCUACCCAUAAUCCCCCUGGCUGACGGACGUGUGGUGGCACUAAGCAGGGAGAGAGUGUUCUUUCCAAUGGAGGAACCCAAGACCAAAAAAAAGAAAGCUCAACCUCAGACAGGACCUCUGUCUGCAUUGUACAAGGAUGUAAACUUAGUUCACCCCUCUCUGUUGAGCUGUGUGGAGCCUCUGGAAAGUCAGCAGGUUCGGGAGCUGCUGAGAAGACUCGGAGUUCAUGAACUGGAGCCUCAAGAGCUACUGGAGCAGCACAUCUACCCUACAAUACAGAACAACAAAUGGAAGUCGAAGUCUGAGGCAGUGGUGGUGAGCUAUUUGGUUUUCAUCAAGCUACAUUCCUCCUCGAGCCAGGAGUACUCAGACACUGCAGUACCCGUCCUCACCAGCAGGGGUCUGCUGUGCCCGGCCAAUGAAAGGGUGCACUUCUCUGAAGAGUACGGGAACAUUAACCUGCCAAAGAAACUACCUGGCUGUGAUUGGGUCUUGGUGAGUCCUUGCUAUGUGCAGACAGACGGCGAUGUAGCAGGAUGGAGAGAGUUGUUCAGCAGACUGGGAGUCAGAGACGGUCUCAUCAUCCGCAAAGAGAGACAGACACUCACUGCUAAAGAACUGGCCUCCAGUCCCUGGUCAGUGGAAAGUUCAAUGUGGCACCAAAAUCCAGGGGUGGACUGUGUGAUUGAUGACUACCCCUGUGAGGAGUUUCAUGCCCUGGCCACAGCCCAGCUGCCUGGCUCCCACCUCCUGCAGCAGAGAAUGGCCUUGCUGGAACUGCUGGCGACCAACUGGGAUACUGGACACCGCUACUGUCAGUACCUCACAGCUCGGGUGAUUGACAGUGAUGGACGAGAAAUCAAAAGCACCAAGUCCUCCUUCUAUCUCUUCUUGUGCCGUCUUGAAUGGGUGCCAGCGUAUCGUCCACUGGAAGGAGAACAGCGAGAGAGAAAGUACCUCCCUCCAAACUCAGUCUACCUGACCUCACCUGAGGUCACCAGCCUGCUGGGGACUCAUGUGUGUUAUGUGGACAUCGACCCCAGCGAGUUUAGCAGAGCUCUAGGAAUGAGACAAAGUGUCUCAGUGGAGGCUCUGAUUAACUACCUGAAGGAGUGGUGUGUCAAACCAGAAGCAGAUAACCAGGAGCAAAGACUACCUGAGGAUGAGUUGGAGGGGGCGAAUUUCACUUCCACAGUUCAGCACAUCCACAACGUCUACACCUACCUGCAUAUGAACUGUCCCCAGAGCAGCCUGAAGGAGCUGUUCGAACAUAACCCUGCUGUAUUCAUAGAGUAUAACAGGCGAAAUGAUUGGUGUUCAGGGCGUUUCUACCACCUGAAGGAGGUGUGCUGGAGCGACCCAACGGCGAUGUUCCAGCGCUACAAACAGCUGACUCACGGACCAGACAGCCCUGUCCAGGACCCCAAAGUCCUGGUUCCCUUCUACAACCCGCUGGAGGGCAUGAAAGUCUUCUUCACCAGACUGCUGAAUGUCGAGCGCAGUCCCAGUAUGAAGCAGUAUGUCGGUUUGCUGGAACUGAUCUGUUCAUCGUCUUCCAUACCAACUGCUGAAGUGCUACAGGAUGUGUCAGUGCUCUAUGCCAGACUUGCUCAGAAGUGUACAAUUCCAGUAUCUGGUGACCAGGAAAACAUCACUCAGCCCAAACUCAAUCUCAGUUACUGCUCCACCUUGAAGGGUAUGGUGUCUGAUAAGAGGGUCUUCCCUACCAAGGAUAACACCUGGGUGAGUCUGGCACACAAACCCAUGAUUGCUGACCACAAAGAGCUGGAAAAGGUCUUUAAACCUCACAAGCAGAUCUGUCUGCUCAACCUGCCACCAGCAGAGAAGAAGACUGCUGCCAGGAGCAAGACUGGGAACUCUGGUCAGACAGUGCCGGGAGAACGAGCUAACAGCGUACCUACCUUCAACGAGAAGGACCGAUCUUUGUUUCUGGAGAUCUGCGGGAUCCGUCAGCUGUCCAUGUGUGUCAAGACUGAGCCUCAGACUGAGAACCUGAGACCCUGUCCGCCCAUGCAGGCCAUGGUGCGCUCUGUGAUACCCUACAUCCAGAGGUUCCUCUACCACCACGACGAGCUGGCUGAAGUCUAUUCAGAGCUGAUUGACAACAACAUUGGAGAGAAAAUCAAGCGACUUUACUUCGGACAGGUGGGUAAGCUGUACAUUCGCUACCAGCUGGAUGUUGCUGACAGUGACGAUGUUGUGGUGGAGGUGCAGGACGUUAUCUGUCUGCUGAAGGACGAGAAGGAGCUUUACAUCCAGAAAGAUCACCUCUCAGCUAAGCUGGACAUCUGCAGGGAGCUGGUGAAACUGUUCUGCGCAGAGAGCAGCCACAGGAAAGAGCUGAUGGCUUUUGUGAGUGGCCUGAUAACCUCACUCAAUGACCCAGGAUCUCUGAAGAGAUUCUUGCUCAAGGAGGACAUCAGAGAGCUGCCCAGCGAGGAGGAGCUGUGGGAGGUCCCAGAGCCUCCCAAACCAGACAUUAACCUGGAGAGAAUGCUAUCAAGGAAUUACUCCUCCAUCAGCUCCCCAGAGGAGCCAUCUCGGCCUGCACAAGAGGAUGGGGAACAGACGCUGGUCUGCUGGCCUCCCCGAGCAUCUAUACUGAAUACCGGAGCCAGUCGCACAGGUCAUGCAGAUGGCAGUGUGGUCGAAGCCAUCAUGAAGAUGUGGCCGCCUCCUGCUGGGCCUAAAGACAGAGAACCAGAGAAGGACCUCGCCCCCAGAGGAGGCAGCCAUGUCAUCCCCCAGAGUCCCAGCAGCAGCUACGAGGGAAACCAGCCACUCCGGAGCAGCAGAUCUACAGACCAGCCUGGCCUUCAGAGAGUCCCCACACAUCCAAGCCAACCUAACCCUGCUGCUCUGUCCUCCAACACACCACAACCUCCAGAGCGCAGCCAACAGAGUGAGACCACUGAGUCUGACAGAGCUGAGAAUGGAGAAGAAAGCCUCGCAGCUCCCAGACCAACACAGAGUCGACCAUCUGCACAGCCUGCUGAGACAGCCAGCGACCAACCCGCCCCAAACAGCCUUGUCGUCCCUGAGGCCGUGGUACUUUCCAGUAUGUUUCAGGGGACUGCAGAGACUCAGCGUCCUCCUCUCAACCUGGACUUCCCUCUCUGGAGGCCUCCUCAGGCCACACUGGAGGACAUGGAGCUCACCUGCCAGAGACCCACCACCGUGGUGUUAUCCGACGACACGAUGGACGUGGCAGUGAUCGGCGAGUGGGGGGAGCAGCUGGUCAACUCUUUCCUGUGCCACUGGAGAGACAGCGGCGACCCCGGGCGACCCGCACACGUCCUGUGGUGCAAUCAGAGCGGAGAGAGCGGCCAGCCCUACGACUUUAAGCUCACUUUUGGACGUGCAGGAGGGCCGGGGGUGGUGUACGUGGAAGUGAAGUCAACUAUUAAGAAAGAGAAGUCAUUCAUCCACCUUUCUGCCAAUGAGCUGGACUUUGCACUGAAAGAGAAGGAGCGCUAUCACAUAUUCAGAGUGUACAGUGCAGGAGAUGCCCAGAACGUUCGCCUGUGUCGCAUUCAGAACCUGGCGCAGCAUCUCCACACCAAAGACUUGGCACUUUAUCUGUUUGUAUAAGUACUUUGUAAGUUUGUGGAGAAAUUUGCACUAUAUCAACUCACACCCCAAUGACAUAUGCCUUUGUAAGUUUAUCCUAACUGCACUGAUUUUAGUUCUUUUAAUUGUUCUUAUGAUACCUAGUGAGUUGUUUUGCCUGCUAAUGAGAAAAACUGCACAUUCCUUUUUCAUUUGUCUGUCUAAAAUAUUUGUAUUACCAACAAACUACACAUAGCUGUGUGUUUUCUAGUAUAUGUAUAAUUUUAAAAUGGUCAGUGGACAUAUUGAAUGUUUUUAACCUUUUUUUAUUCCCCCUACCUCACCUUUACUCUAGCAUUCCUUUGGAAUAAAAUCCUUUUUCUCUCA